AAGCGCAGUGAAAUCUCCAGGAAGCAAAGGUUGGAAUUUAAGAGAGAAGGAAGUUCCUACACAAAUGUGGAUUAAUUUAUAACGCUGUAGUUUUUUUAAAGAGAUAUUGCUGGUCAUAUGAUUACACAACAAAGAAACGAAUAAUGAACGUUGGUAGAGUUUGAGACUCAUGGAGCAGCUUGCGAGCUCUCAAACAAACAAAUGUCAAAACAACCCGCAGGAUCUGCAGAGUCUUGACAGAUCUACUUAGAACGAACGAAUGACACAGGAAAAACAGAAACACCGUUUGUCAUCUAAUUGUACUUUUCAUAACAUUAUGAAACAAGUUAUAAAUGGUUGGAUAUCAAAGACGCUAGCUAUAUUUUGAACGUGGGGACAGAAGGUCAUUUGUAAACCUGACCACCCCCAGAAUAAAACAAUAACAGAUGCACAGAUCGAGGAAUAUGCAGCGAUAAAACAUUUGGCGUGUCAUAAAACUGUAUAUAAAUAUUUUAGUCUCUACCAAUAGUAACUUAUUCAUUAUCCAAUGAACUGUCAACACUGCCAGCAGAAGUUUUGUCGCUAGUUUAAUGCUCCCGGCUUGUUUAGAGCAGGCUGCACCGUUAUGUGGAUAGCUAGUGCUAGCCACCUACCAUCAAGACGUGGAGGUUAAUGCUUGCAUACAUUUAUAUGACUACCAGCUGUUGCUUGUUGGGACGAGCAAAUUGAAUUGGUCCUGUUUUAUUUGACUGGCUGUUGAGAAAACUGCCAAAGAGCGAGAGCAAACGGGGUCGUCCGGUUUUGACACUUCAUUACUCUUGGGUCACCAUGGCGCAGCAGCAGAUGCCAAGCUCUCAUAAGGCACUGAUGCUUGAACUGAAGUCUCUCCAAGAGGAACCAGUGGAGGGUUUCCGCAUCACCCCAGUAGAAGAGUCAGACUUGUACAACUGGGAGGUGGCCAUAUUUGGACCCCCCAACACAUUUUACGAGGGGGGAUACUUCAAGGCACACAUUAAGUUUCCAGUUGACUACCCUUACUGUCCACCUACUUUCCGUUUCCUCACGAAGAUGUGGCACCCCAACAUAUAUGAGAAUGGGGACGUGUGUAUCUCCAUCCUUCACCCCCCUGUUGACGACCCCCGGAGCGGAGAGCUGCCCUCUGAGAGAUGGAAUCCCACCCAGAAUGUCAGGACCAUCCUACUGAGUGUGAUCUCUCUGUUGAAUGAGCCCAACACCUUCUCCCCGGCCAAUGUCGAUGCCUCUGUUAUGUUCCGCAAGUGGAGAGACAGCAAGGGCAAGGACAAAGAGUACGCCGAGAUCAUCAGGAAGCAGGUUGUGUCCACUAAAGUGGAGGCGGAGCAGGACGGCGUGAAGGUGCCUACUACGCUGGCAGAGUACUGCAUCCAGACCAAAGUGCCUUCCCACGACAGCAGCUCGGACCUGCUCUACGAUGACCUCUACGAUGAUGACAUCGAGGAGGAGGACGACGAUGACGAUGAUGCAGAGGCAGUGGGCCAGAUGGCAGGAGAGGGUGGCUUCAAUGACGAGGAAGACUCGGGCAACGAAGAGUCAUGACCUUCCUUCUCCUCUCGUUGUUUAUCUUGCUCCUUCCCACACCCUUCCUACCGAGGACUCCGCUGCAGCCUCGUCCUGUUCUGUCCUUACUUUCUGAUUCCUUCCCACGUGCGCACACACACACUCUUGCUGGCUCCAUCCCUGCUUGAAGGCAUCUCCUUGGCACUUACUUUACCUUGAGAUUUGUUUCAAUCUCUGUCAAACAUGCCCAAAUGCAUAAUUUUAACAUCUGUAUGGGGAUCAGAUUUAUUUGUUUUAUUAUGGCAUUUUUGGUUUUUCUAAUUUAUCUCCCUCAUUGACAUUCAUGAGGCAUAAUCAGUGGGUUAGUUUAUGCAACUUUACUUGUGGUCAAUUAUAUCACAAAGUGAUAUAAACCAAAAAUGGUUGUUUCUCUUUCAACUAUUUGAUGGGUCCUUAUUAAACAAUUAAACAGAAUUGCAUGCCUUUUGAUGACACGAAUUUGGCAUGUAUGCUGACUACCAGUGUUGCAAAAAACAUUUUGUAAGAAUUGCAAUUGGCUGCUUGAUUUGUCGCUAGAUUACAUUUUGCAGUUGACGCCACAACUUCACGGCUCCAAUUUGCAUUGCUGCGGUCCCCGAAAUUCACCCCUUUUCCUGCCGCACACCCCUUCCCCCUGUGCUUCUCUGCCUGUGUGUGCACCUGCUGUUACUUCUGUUGCAUAGGCAGCUAUUCCCAUUCUUGUUUGUGGGAAAAGUCGCUAAAUGGUAUCAAAACUCUCCAAAGGCAGCCUGAAAAGUAGUUUGACGCUAGGUUCUUUGAAAAAAGUCGCUGUGGGGGUCUGAGCUCUCUAAAUAUAGUGACUUCAAGUUGGCAACACUGGUCUCUAUCCCUCCCAGGGUUCACAUACACAUUCCUCUUACAAACUAAUUUAAUUCCUUUUAAACUAUAUAGUUUAAAACCAAAUCCUAUUCAGAUGUAAAACCAAUUUAAAUUAACUCAAGUUUGUUCUUAAGCUGUGGAACAAGAGUGGUAAGAUGCACUCAAUGAACAUACCCCUCUCUUACUCUGUCUCACACAGUCCAAAAAAUGAAGACCCUUUAAUAAAAAUAAACUAAUUUUCUGUAUUACCCUGACAGGGAUCUGAACACAAAAAGGACACUUAUUUUGCCAUUUUUGGGAGGUUCCCCAUUUUUCUCUGAGUAAUCUACUCAAUCAAAGAUCACUAACAGAAAGGAAGGGUUGGGCACUCACUACCAACAAGCAUCUCUUUGAGUGGAUGCAUCUCAGCAUGCAUCUCUCCAACCAGAGACAGCAGAGAAGCAAUCUCUGCUCCAAACUCUCCAAACUCUCAUACACUUGAUGUCAUUUGAGCUUUCAAACAGAAGAUGUUCCCGAGUAUUGGUACCGUACCAGCGCUGGAUAAUUUCCAUGGAGACUGGACUGGUGAUAGAGUUGUUUCCGUGGAGACUGAUUUGUAACUACCCUAUCUUUCUUUGGGGGACUUGAACACCAGGGAUAAAUGAGACGAGCGGACCCCCACACACACACAGAGCGGUGGAGCCAUGAGAAUGCUCUGCACAGAAAACAGCAGGGAUCACUGCUGUUUCAACAACAUUUGAUCAGUUUGUUUGUAUUUGGUGUAGUCUAUAAUCUCCCAUUCAAGGUUUGAUGAAAACGUCUCACUUUACCCAGAUACACAGGCAAUGAAUGCUGGAUCACCAUAGGAAGUGUUGGCCAGUCCAUAACACUUUGUUACAGCUUUAGUUUGGGGUGUCUGUCACCUACCUCCUCUACAUGUGUAUGUGCAACAGGCCUAGGUUCCCAUACUAUUUGAAAUCAUUUCAAAUGUCACAAAAGUGCAAACCUCACCUACCGGACAUCCCAGACUGGCAAAAGCUAACUAAUUGUAGAUUUCGAAUAGUAUUUGAGGUCUGAUGACCAAGAGAUUUUGAGGGAAUCGUUAACUGAAUGUCACUUAAAGGCUUGGAUUUUUUUAUUUUGAGUCUGAUAGUCCAUAAGGGCUUCCAGAGUCAAUGAGAUUCAUGAUGUUUUGUUGAGAAAGAGAUCCUCUCCCCAGUCCUAGUCACAGGCCCCUUGACCCCAGAUAGGUAAUAAAUAAAUAGAAAAGCAUUCAGUUUGGCAACAAGUGGAGUGCUACAUAACCAUUAAUGCUAAUUUAUUAGAUAAUUAAUUUCAAGGAUAGUGUAGAGACUUGGGGCUCGAUUCAACCAAACCCACUGGGCAGCAUUCACGCAGUAGCAUGUAGGCCUAAGCAUAAUAGGUCAACAAAUAUAUUGCGUAAACAUUGCCAAAGCAGGUUGGCUUUGAUACGGCCAUUGGUGUCUUUCAGCUAUUAAGUGUUUAAGUAUAACAUUCUCAUUGUUUUUGUUUUCCUUGGUCUAACUUAACAUGUGUCAUGAAUUUUUUCUUGUAAUGGAUGUUCACCAAAGAUAAGAGGCUUUCUUUUGUGAGUGUAAGGCUUUAUCUUUGGGUUGUUUGUUGCACAAAUAAAUAGAGGGCACUGGAAAUGUU